AAUGGAUUUAAAGCACGAGUGGCCUUCCGUCUUCUCCCCUUCGUGGCAAUGCAUUCAGGAUAACGACACGAUGACGGGUCCGGUUUUCGGCUGAUUUUGCGAAACUAGAAGCAACUUCUCUUUUUUUUUUUCUUCCUCAUUUUGCUGGUCCAGGACAACGCACGGCAAUCCACGAAGGAAAAAAAAGAAGAAGAAUUCAGCGCGACUGCGACUUUGCGACGAGUCAUUCGGGUACUUCCGAGGAAACAACACAACGGUACUGACGACACGAUGAGCGACAUUGAGAAACAGUACGAUGUGGCGACGCCGGGUGGUGCGAAGAAGAGCGAGGAAAUUGCUGACCAGAGGGAUGGGAUUGAUCUUGUUUUCGAGGCCAAGCUUGUGCGCAAGCUGGAUAUUUACAUUAUCCCAGUGGUUAUGCUGUUGUACCUGUUCAGUUUCCUUGACAGAGUCAACAUUGGAAAUGCCCGUCUCUACGGUCUCCAGGAGGAUCUCAAAAUGAACGACUCGCAGUUCCAAACCGCAGUCUCGAUUCUCUUCGUCACCUACAUCUUAUCGGAACUCCCUUCAAACCUGGUUCUGAAAAAGUUUACGCCCUCCCGGUGGAUCGCAUUCAUCACCCUCGCCUGGGGCAUCAUCGCAACCCUCACUGGUAUCGUACAGAGUUAUGGCGGCCUCAUCGCAUGCCGUCUUCUCCUCGGAGCCGUCGAAGGCGGCCUGUUCCCCGGCAUGGCCGUCUACCUAACCUUCUUCUACACCAAACGCGAACUCGCCCUCCGCAUUGGCUACCUCUUCGUUUCCGCCGCCCUCGCCGGCGCCUGCGGCGGCCUCCUCGCCUACGCAAUCGGCCACAUGGACGGCACCGCCGGCCAGCGUGGCUGGCGCUGGAUCAUGAUCCUCGAAGGCAUCCCCACCUUCAUCCUCGGCAUCGCCACAUGGUUCGUCCUCCCCAACUCCCCCGAAACCGCCUACUUUUUUUCUCCUGAAGAAAAAGCCUUUGCCGCAGCCCGUCUCAAGCGGCAAACGGGGUACACGAAGAAAGCAGCAGAGUUUCACUGGGAUGACGUGAAGAAGGCGUUUAAAGACUGGAAAGUGUGGACGUUUUGCUUUGCGCAGUUUGGAUCCGAUACCAUGCUUUACGGCUAUUCGACUUUCCUGCCUACGAUUAUCCGCUCGAUUAAUACGACGGCGAGUAGUGCCAUGGUGCAGGUUCUUACUAUCCCGUGUUACGCGCUAGGCGCAGUUACGUACCUAGUCGUUGCGCACUUUUCUGAUCGCCAGCAGAAACGCGGGUUGUACAGUGUUCUCCUUGGCCUUGUCAGUAUCGUCGGUUACACCAUGCUUAUUAGCGAUUCAAACUCCAAGGUACACUACGCGGGUUGUUUUCUGGUGGCGAUGGGGCUGUAUGUUUGUGUGGGGUUGCCGCUUGCGUGGUUGCCGACGAAUUUGCCGCGCUAUGGCAAGAGGACUACCGCGACGGGGUUGCAGCUUAGUAUUGGGAAUUGUGCGGGGAUUAUGAGUGCUUUUAUUUAUCCAACCGCCGAUCGACCCCGCUUCAUCAAGGGCCACGGCAUCACGAUGGCAAUGGUGGGGUUCGCUUGUACGUGCUACUGUGUUUUGUGGUUUCAUUUCUCGAGGGCGAAUGCGAAGAGGGAGCGGGGUGACGAGGAUGCUGCGGUGCAGAGUUUGAGUGAUGAGGAGAUUGCCGAGUUGGGGGAUGAUAGUCCAAGGUUUAGGUAUACGAUUUGAACGUGCUUUUCUUUUUGGUGGGAGAUAUAUACGUGGAGCUUGAGUGUUUAGGAAGAUUGGAUCUGGAUGCUGUAUAUAGUGGUGUGUGAUAUAUAUGAGAUGAUUUCGUGUAUGAAGCUAUGCUUAGGAGAGCAUUUGACUUGGUAUAUAAGAGAAAGUGUUCGACAA